CGGCCGCGGGAGUCGCUGGCGGCGGCGGGGACGGAGACGGGCGGGCACGAAGGCGACGUUCCCCAGAGCCAGGCUCAAAGCUGCCGCACGCGGCGAGAUGACAGCCAUCCUGGAGCGGAUCAGCACGCUGUCCCUCAGCGGGCAGCAUCUCAGCCGUCUCCCCAGGCUGCUGGAGGAUGGCUUCCCCAAGAUGCCUUGCACGGUCAAAGAGUGCGAGGUGCCGCAGCUCUUCCGUGAGCCGUACAUCCACACCGGGUACCGUCCCACCGGCCAGGACUGGCGGUACUACUUCCUUAGCCUCUUCCAGAAGCACAACGAGGUGGUCAACGUAUGGACUCAUCUCCUGGCAGCGCUGGCUGUGCUGCUGAGAUUCAAGACGUUUGUGGAGGCUGAGCAGUUACCCGUGGACGCGUGGUCCUUGCCUUUGCUCAUCUUUGUCCUCUCCUCUGUCACCUACCUGACCUGCAGCCUCUUGGCCCAUCUACUGCAGUCCAAAUCGGAGCUGUACCACUACACCUUCUACUUUGUGGACUACGUUGGAGUCAGCAUCUACCAGUAUGGUAGUGCCCUGGCUCACUUCUACUACAGCUCCGACCAAGCCUGGUACGACAAGUUCUGGCUUUUCUUUCUGCCGGCAGCUGCUUUCUGUGGCUGGCUGUCUUGUGCCGGCUGCUGCUAUGCGAAAUAUCGGUACCGACGGCCUUACCCCAUCAUGAGGAAGAUGUGCCAGGUGAUCCCAGCUGGGCUGGCAUUCAUCUUGGAUAUCAGUCCUGUCGCUCACCGGGUGGUUGUGUGUCACCUGGGGGGCUGUGAGGAAGAUGCUGCUUGGUACCACACGUACCAGAUACUGUUUUUCCUUAUCAGUGCUUAUUUCUUCUCCUGCCCGGUCCCCGAGAAGUACUUCCCUGGCUCCUGCGAUAUCGUUGGCCAUGCCCACCAGAUCUUCCACACCUUCCUGGCCAUCUGCACCCUAUCGCAGCUGGAGGCCAUUCUUUUGGAUUACAAGAACAGGCAGGAGAUUUUCCUGAAGAGACACGGGCCUUUCUCCGUUUAUCUCUCCUGCAUCUCUUUUUUUGGCCUGGUGGCUUGUAGUGCCAUCACAGCUUACAUCCUGCGAUGCAGGAUCAAGGCCAGCCUGGCUAAAAAGGACUCCUGAGAGUCACGAACGUGACGGGCAUGACGUCACCGGGGUGGUGAAAAUCAAGAAAAGGGGCAUAACACGUUAGAGACAUAACUGUCUUAUUUGCCUAACACGCUGUGACUAACCGGGACCCUGGACUCAGGUGGAGGGCUGGAGACUUCAUGCUGGACGCAUUUUCACAGCAGGGACUGCCUUUUGCCAUCCAGGGGGACAUGGAGUGUUUUAAGCCAGAACAAGUCACUUAACCAAGGAUGCUGGAACAGGCAGAGGUUUCCUGGUUUCUUGUUCAUUCCGGUAAACCUGUGGGUGAUACCUUGCUGAACGUCAGGGAGGGCAGCCUGAAGGCCGUGAGACUGUAGAAGGGUCUGCCAGGGCUCACAACGCAGUGGAGAAUGCACCAUGAGGACCACAGCUGGAUGUGAUGACCUCCCUGGGUUUUGCCAUCUGUGCUAUCUGUGAGAGACCUGUUACUAUCAAAGGCAGUAGCAAGGUUUCAGGAGGAGUCUACAUUUCUGGGAUUCAGCUGCAAGGCCAUGUGUGGCACAGUGGCUGGUAUAAUCCUUUUCCUGCUGCAGCUGGGCUAAGCCAGGUUCUCUCUACGGUCCCCUUGUCAAGUAUCUCAAUGCCAGGUUGCUGAGGUGGCUUUGGCGAAGCAUGUUUGGAGACUUAGGCCUGACCUGGGGUCCGCUGGGAUGAACUGGGUCUGAACCUGAGCCCUGUGUCUGCUGGUGAACUGGUGUGGGUCCAGCACAGGUGGAGACGUUAGGUCAGCUCCAUCUUUUCUUUCUGUAUGACUGCACCAUCUGCAGUGGAGCUGCUCAUGAAAACCAAGGAGUCAGGCUGUCCCAAGGAUUACUAACAGAAGAUUCGGUCUUUCCCAGCAGUCUGAAUUUGACCUAAGGUAGUGACAGUGCUGAUGGCUGUUUGGUAGCCUACGAGACAGGUCUUCAAAGGCUCCUGACUUCCAUUUUAAGUACUUAGUUGCCUUUGAGGAGCUGGGCCUGGGUCAGGUUCGAGAUGGUUUUGAGCCUUCCUCAGUAACAGUGGCAGAGGUUGAGCACCCCUGAGGCCAUCAGCAUUCAGGGUGCUGGCCCCAGGAGGGGAGAUGCUUUUGAUACUGGCUGCAUCAUUUUGGCUGCUUGUGUGACAGGUUCAUGCAUUCCUGCAUAGACUGACUCUGUGUAUUCUGUCUAGAGAGUCUGACUGACCUCCAACGCUGUCCAUGCAGUGUAGAGUAACUUGGGUGUGACCUGUCUGAUACGGGAAAGGCUCUGGGCCUCCAACAGCCCUACUACGGUCAUGGCCAAAAGGGUAUGAAAGUGAAGCAGUCUUUAUUCCCCUCUUAAUGGUGCUUUUCAGGACACCAAGCAGUGCUUGGUGGGCCUCGUGGGAAAGCUGACCUUGAAGCUGCAGGCUUGCUUCUCUCUGACCAAUGGGAUUGUGAAUCUGGCACGUUUUUAUCAGCACUAGAUGAAGGUAGAACAGCAAAAGGCAGGAGCAGGGUAACAGCAUUAGGGUCCUAUGCAACCUUGGGACGGGUUCGUCCUUGAGACUUGGUGAUUCCUGCGUGGAGUAGCCAAGAUAGUGGUCAGGGACAUUUGAUGUCCAUGGGUCACUCCUGUCCAAGGUGUAGCAAGGGUUGGUUUACUGUGUCCUCCACUAGAUAAGUCUCCUCUGUGCUUGCUGGGGGGGAAUAUCAGAUAUGGAACCACACUCUUGCACUGAAGUUGGUAGCACUUGCAGGACAGGAUACUCAGAGCCAAUGCAGAGAUAUGGUCCCAUGCAGCCUACACACCUACUGUUUGACCCACUGCUUGCUUUCCAUAGUAAACCCUGGCACAGCUCCUCCCAGCUAUACACUGCGCAAGACCUGCAGCCUCAAGUGCCUUGACACCUGGCAAAUUCCUAGGAGGUAUAAAUCUUUGCUGAAAGCAAGGAAGGCAUGGGAUCUAUUCCAGCCACAGAUUUGUCUCACUGAAUCCAAGGGCAGGCAAAUGAAUUGUGAUUGCUGGUUCUGAGCAGGCAGAGUUUAGGGUUGGAGAUAUGAUUUGUCAUGACAAGCACUGAUUUCUGCACUUGAUACGUUUUUUAACUAUUGAGAUCUGUGUGUGUCUGUGUAUGUGUGUGUACACAUGAUCUAUUACCCAGAAAGGCUUUGCCUUUGGCUUUUAUAUCUGCAGAGCCUCCUAGUUGGGUCAAGAUUAGCCUGAAGGAAACAGUGCUAUGCUGCUGGAGGAGCAAGGUGGGCCAGACAACAGCGUCUCUGAAAACAGAUCUAUUAAUAGGUGCUUUGCUGUGUCCUGUGUUUUGUGGACAAAUUUGAAACUCCUGGCCCUAUUGACAAAUUAAAUACAAAGGGCGAGGGAAGUAAGUUUUGAGUACAGGAGAAGAAAUCAUAGGAGAGCCUUCAGGAGGUCAUCUAGUCCACCCUUUCUCACCACUCUAGGCCUCCUGGGUUACAUCCACUCCAGCUUAGAAAUUAAUUACUUCAUUUCCUGCGGUGUAUUUUGACAGUACAGCCACGCUGACCUAACAGCAAAUUUGCCUCAGGGGAGUGGCAAGUGGGGAUGGUCCCACUUACACCUCUUCAUACCACUUCCCGUGCACAGAAGCUCAUCUCACCACAAAGUGAGCUGGUGCCGGGAGACGGACUAGCAGAAAACCAAUCCUACUGAAAAAAUGUCAGUAAUUUUCUGCUGGUUUUAACUUUCAGCCAGCUCACUUGGACAACACUGCUGCCUGCAGGGAAGGGCCAGAGCAGAGGCCAGCAGCAGUUCCUCCAGCACAGCAGCUGGUUUCUCAGCUAGCUUAGUUGCACUGAUGGACUGCUCCCUCCAUGGUCUCCCUGGCUUUGCUUGUGGGUCUCCUCCCAGUUUGGGGAAAGACUUCCAACGGGAGCAGUGCUUUUUCUCAACAGCCUAAUUUGCCUUGCUUUUGUGGUAGGUAAAGCAGAAUGAGCCACUGAGUGUGGAUCUGGCUGGAUGGUAUCAGUGGGCUCCUGUGCAGGAAGGGGAGUAAACCAGGCUGGUCCAGAGCUCCUUUCUGGGCUAAAACAGAGGGAGUGGGCAUCGCUGCUAAUAGCAAACCCUGCUCUGCUGCUACCUAGCGUUAUACUGGUACCAAAGGAAGGGAUCACCCAGGCGUUUCCGUCUCUAGGGGUUUGAAAAUGGAUGACAGGUCCUGUCCUUGUCAAAGGAGGAUGAGUACAGUCAUGCCAUCCAGUUCAGGGACAGGGAGGGGAGGUGCCCACAUGGCUCUUCUGAGGUAUUUCUGGUCAUACGUCAUCUCCUCCCUGGUCCAGCAGAAGUGAAACUUCUCCUUCUCGAGCAAUUGUGUGACAGCGGUGGUGUUUUUACAUAUUCUUAUGUUAUCCCUCAGGUGAAGCCACUCACGUCCCCGUGUGGCCCUGCACUCAAGACCUGGAGCUGACCUCCUGGUUACGAUGAUGGGUUGAUUUAGCAGGGAAUUUCAAUACAGAUUGCUGCUGCUGUGAGGAUGCACCCUUGUGUCACAAGGGGCUCACCAACACUGGAGCUUCCUUCAUCCCUGUCUCCAUCCUCCUCCUCUUCCUCCAACCCGCUGAUUUCUUUCCCUCAUCCCGGACUUCAUCCUUGUGCCUUAUGCACCUGGCUGCCUACCUGGGCAGACUCCACAUGCCGUGCAGUCUGCUGCACCUCAGCCGGGCUGGGACUGGAAAGCGACUGCCAAUGCCCUCCCGAAAGCCCUGCCGUUGAUCUAGGGGAGACCAGGGCUGGGUCCAGAGAGAGUAAAAGUGCCACUGUGAUAAAUGCUCAGCUUGUCUGAGAGCCUCUCAGGGCCUUCUCCUUGGGCUCACUGCUUGGAGCACGCCUCCUUCCAUCCUGGCGUUCCUCUAAGGAGGCACGGCUGGGAGGGGUGUACCAGUGGCAGGGUUUGGCGAAGAGCUGACCACCAAAGGUUGAGCACAUCCGAGAUCCUGAAGGGACCGAGGUCCUAACCCUCUUCCCCAAAGAAUCUCUGGUCCUGUGAUAGUAUUUUUGCAGAUCGUGCAACCUGGAUCUGUACAGGACAACUCCUGAGAAUUCAUCCCAAUGUGCCUUAUGCUGUUCCUUUUUUGGAAUUCAUCCUGAAGGAACCUGAGGCUCAAAGGCAGCCUCUUUGCUGUCUGCCGGUCCAUGGUUGCUCUUAACAGCUGCUACCCACUGACAGGAUUUGCUUGGUGUAUGGAGCAGAAGGGGAGGAUGGAGAGAGGUGCCUUAAACUUGUAUUUAUGCCUAAUGAUUUGUGUAACAAGGCAAGGACGGGUUCCUCAUGUGCCUUGCAAUUUACAUCUUUUACUGACAAGGUUAUUUUUAAGCACUGUUUGUUACUAAACAGAAGUACAAAAGAGUUUGUAUUUUUUUCCCUGGGAAACAGGGAAGGGUAUGAGUGUUAUAUAUUAACCAUUCCCUUCCCAGCUCCUAUCUGCUGACUUUGUAUUGUUGAAAACAUUGACAAUAUUUUAAGCUUUGUACUGUACUGAUCAUUAUUUAAAAAUCUUAGUGAAAAAAAAGAAAUCUGGAAAAGCAAAA